AUGUCACGACCAAUGGAGGAUGAAGAACAAAGCCCUCUCCAGGAGCCACCAGCUAAGAAACAACGAAACUUGGCAUGCCAGCGAUGUCGCUCGCGCAAGCAAAAAUGCGAAGACAACCGACCAUGCGGCAACUGCGUUAGAGGAGGCGAGGAGUGCCUGCCCACCCAACCGGCACCUCGACUGCACGUUGAAAGCGAAUAUGUGCGCGUCCUAGAGGAACGCAUUGCUGAGCUUGAAUCUCUUGACCCUCAGCAAAGUCUCGACCACCUUGGCGGUGCGCACAGUAGAAUUGAAGGACUAGCAAGUGUUGAUACAUCGGCGGAAAAUGGUGAAUUACGACCAUCUGCCCAAUAUGCCUCGCUACCAGUCUACGCAAUGGCAGUCAGCUCUGAGGAAGAGCCCGAUCCUAAUCAUUUCUACCUCCGAUUAUUAGCAUCACCAUCGACUCAAGACGCAGUUCAGAACGACUCUGCCACACACAUAAUGAUCGGUUCGCAUCAUCGUAUGCGACAUAUCGAUGACUUCGACGCUCAACAUAAAUUGACCACAACGGUGGUGGAUGCCCACGCAAUGGUUAACCUGCCAUUACACCAUACAAACUCACUGCUUGAAGCAUACCGUGAGCGUGCUCAAGCCCAAUAUCCGUUCUUUUAUUGGGAUAUGUUUCUUACAUGGCACUCAGAAUGGAAGCAUUCUCUGGCCUGUGAUCUGAACAAACGCGCGUGGCAAGGCUUCUUCGUCAAUCUAGUAUAUGCGACGUCUUUGAUGCUACAGCGCAAGUCACAUGUGGCAACAUUUGAUAUGCAUACCUUCUACAGCACUGGAUUAUCGCUACUUCCAGCUAUACUACAACAACCCGACAAGAUCCUUCAAGUGCAAGCGUACCUCCUGCUAUCCGUCUAUGCGCUACAUCAAAGCUCCACGGAGCGCAUCAUAACCCUUGCAUCAACGACGAUGCGACUAUGUGUCCAGCAACAAUUGCAUCUUGCCGAGGUGGAGCCACAGCCGUUAGACGUCCAUGCACGGCUCAGAAUACAGAUCCGACGGCGCUGUUUCUGGUGUGCAUAUACACUUGAUCGAUUGGUCAUGUCGGCUUUCGACCUGCCGCCUUCGGUAUCUGACCAAAUGAUUACCGUGAGGCCUUUUGCUAAUAUCGAAGAUCGCGAUCUGCUGGGAGCUGCUGCAGUCACCUCCGCAAUGGUAGAGUUGGCUGAUGACCCCAAAUACACUUGCAUGUCUCCUGCGCUCCAUAUACUUCAAUGCAGGCGUAUCCAGUCGGAGAUAAGCGCCGUCACGCUUCGAUCGGACUAUUAUACUCAAUUCGAAAGCACUUCUGAAUGGCGGGUCCGCAUACUUGCUGAGUUAGAAAAGUUCAAGUCUCGCGUACAGAGAUUCUCUGACCCUCAGUCGAAAGGGUAUACCUCGCAAAGAUGGCAGGCUAUGAUAUACUACUAUACCCUGCUCAUGUUGUAUCGACCUACAAAAGCAAACGUGCUCGAAACAGCUGGUGAUUGGUCGGUGCAAGCAAGUACGCAGGCUUGUUUGAUGUUUCGAAAGAGUCAGAUUGACCGACAAAUUGCACAGCCGUGGCUUGCACUCAUCGUCCAGUUCCAAUCCGGCAUCACACUUUUGUACUGUUUCUGGGCUACUGCGCCGGAACAUAGGACGGACAAAUACAACUCCCUCGAUGUACCUGACGCGCUGCGUGCAUGUUCUAAUAUCUUAGCAAUCAUGGCGGACCGAUGGGCAAAGGCGGAUUGUUUGCGGGAUGUGUUCGAACUCCUAGUGCGAGAGAUUCCACUCGUUGACCAUCCCAACAAGCCACCUGUUCGGCUGACAGAGAAGGCUUCGUCGGCGAUUAAACUGCAUCUACCGCAAGUACGUGCGCUCGUGGUACACCGUCCAGUGUUACGUAUGAUUGAGGAAAUGAUAUCCGAAGACUUCCCUCGCUCGUUGACACACGGUCGAUCGGUAGCGGGUGUGCUCGGCCAGGCGGACCACGGAAAUCCUAUUCAUUUCGAUCUGCAAUCACAAAAUGCCAACGACAACUUCCAGAUGCCCUUUGCGUCGCAGCGCUCUUUUGAAUAUCUAGGCACCACCGGGGAAUUGGAAAGCUUACAUGUCGAUGGGCCACUGUCAUUUCCAGGUGUGUUUGACCUUGAAAGCUGGAUAUAG